AUGUGUCUUAUUCCAGGUGAACGCGGAAGUGGUGCGUCAGCUAUAUUGUCAAACUGGCUGAAAAAGUUCAUUCGUGAUCACCCUAGAAUCGUCGUCAUAUCACACUACACCGAGAGCGGUCAGCGGUCAGCAGAGAUAACGUCGUUCAUGAGACGAUGCACAUCAGAAUUGCGCUCGGAAUAUCGUGGACUAAAUCCCAUCAUCCAGCUUGACUUUCUAGACCUGACCGAUUUCGAUACGAUCACGGAAGCGUUUCACGCGUCGCUGUCUUUGGGGCCCUGUGUUUUAGCGCUAGACGGUCUUUACCACCUGACAGCCUGUCAAGACAUCGCUGCUCACGUCAUCAAGCAGUUGUCAUGGUUACCUAUUAAUAUUCCACCUGCAUGUCGGGUUGUGGUCUCGACGACCCGAUCAGAUAUAAGUUACAAGUAUUUAUCCAGCCGUUCUGACGUACAUCUCAUUAAUAUUCCGUCGUUGAACAGCAACGAUAAGUCGCGUGUUCUCCACGAAUGGUGUGGACUACACGCGAGUUAUCUCAACUCGCGGGACGAAGCAACAAUCCUCGCGGGAAAACUGAGUGGACGUCCCGUAUACCACGCAGUAUUGGCAAACGAGAUUCGGCUACACGGCCGCGCGGAGAUUGGGGAGAGACUACUCGAGGCCUGCACGCGCGCCCGCUGUCUGUCAGAUUUCUGGACAGCGGUUAUACACACUUGGUCCCAGGACUACAGUUGGCUCAAGCCUAACACGGUCAAGAACGGCGUUCCAGUGAAGACGCAAGUCUCCAAAGAUCGUUUUAACAAUGGUUGGAUACCUGACACACUUCGGCUUCUCGCCGUCUCCCGCGAAGGUAAGCUUUUAUAUUUGCCUUCCUCGUGA